CAAAAAAAAAAAAAAAAUCAUCAUCAUCAUUAUUGAUGAUUAGCGACAACAUCACUUUUUGAUUCAAUUCUGUGUCGAUCGAUUGAGAAAUAAUGUUUUUCCUUGCUAAACAGUCAUUGUAUUUAUUAUUAUUCAUCUUGAUCAAUUCAAUAUUAUCCAUCGUGAUUAUCAUUUUACGACCAUGGUUCCAAGAAUUUUCUACAACAACAACAACAACAACAAUCAUAAACAAUAACAAGGAAUGGCAACCAGCCUUGGAUGACGAGCUUAUCGAUACCGCAUCAAUAGUAAGACGAAAUAAUAAUAACGAUGAUGAUGGCAAGAAUCAUAGCCAAGAAUUCUGUGAUACAAGUGAUGAUGAUGAUGAUGAUGAGGAUGAUCGUUCAUCAGAAGCACCGUUGGAAUGUUUGGUGGCCGGAUUCAUAUUGUUGAACAUAAGCAUAGCGCUUGAUUUAUUCUGGACACCAAUCAAUCGAUUAAAUUGGCAAACAUUUCACAAUCAUUUGCACGUUUUAUUUGUUAUGGCUAUCGAUUUGAAUCUCAUCUUUGGGUCCAUAUUAAUGGCUAUAUUUCAAUUGCUGCCCAUCGAUACUGACAACAUUGAACAGCAUUCAUCACCACCAUCGUCAUCAUCAAUGCAUUGUUUUCUAAUCAAUUUAACAAGUCUGGAUUUACGCUUUGUGGCCAAUUUUCUGACAACCGGUUCAAUAUUGACAUUGUUUCGAUGGAAAAUUCUACCCAAUUCAUACAUGUCCCCGUCCACUGGCAAUUAUGACGUACCGCUGUUGAUGUGUUAUUUUGGAAAAAUUUUGCACCAAAUCAAUGUUUUCCUGUUUCGUAAAAGCAGCACUACACAUCGAAAUCGUUAUGAUCGAAUACAGCAGCAAUAUUCAUCAAUAUCAAAUCGAAUGUCCUCAUCGAUGAUUGACAAUGAUGAUGAGGAUGAUGAUGAUCAAUAUGUGUCGCAAGACGAUGAUGAAGAAUUUCUUUCCAAUGAUGAUGAUUUGGACAUGGAAUUCGAUAUGGAUAUGGAUCGUAUAUUGCUCGAACGUUUAUUUGCCGGUUCACCCAAUCUAUGGUUACACACAGAAUUGAUAUCAAACGACUACCUGAAUAGAUUGCCCGUUUGGAAUUAUCAACAAGAAUCGCCAUCUUCAUCAUCAUCAUCAUCAUCAUCAUUGUUGAUGAUGAUUGAUUGUAAUCAAAAUUUUAUCGAUAGUCAUUCUACUGCUUCAUCAUCUUCGGAAGAGGAUAAUUAUCUGCAUUGUAUGAAACAAACGACACUUGAAACGAAAAAUUCGUCAUCAAUGAAUGUUUUGUUGUCAAAAGACGUGAAUAAAAGCAAUGGUCAUGAUCAUCAUGUUGAUAAUGAAAUUGUAGUAGUGCAUGAUAUAAUCAUGAAGAAAACGACCGAAAUUCGUAAAAAAGUCCUCCGAAAACGUCGUAGUGGUGGUAAUGGUGUGGUCCACAAAUGCACACAACAGCAACCUGAACAGGAAUCAAAUUCAACACAUCGCCCAGAAUGGAUGAUUGAUCAGCACGAUUGUACCGUAUGUCUGGAGCCAUAUCGUUCGGAACAGCUUAUAAUGGGUUUAGCUUGUGGACAUAAUUACCAUCAGCCAUGUAUUGCACAAUGGCUUUGUCGUGGUAAUCAUCGUUGUCCAAUAUGUCGUUGGCCAUCAUACCGUUUACGACAUCCACGUCAACACCAACACCAACACCAGCAACAACAACAAAUAUCAUUCAAACACCAUCAUCAUCGUCUUCAUCGAUCAACAUUGUCAUCUAUGGAUAACAUUAGCUAAUUAUUACUCUCUAUUAGUGUCAAAUAAAAUUAAUUUCUUAUCUCUUC